AUGAUGACAGAUAAUAGAGUAAGAGAAUAAAUUAAGGAUGGAGUCCACAUUAAGAAAAAUUUAAUGAGUUUUCUAUACAAAUUUGACUAGAAGCUAAUGAAACUUCAGCAAGAAUUAGCAGAAAUUCAUAUUAGAGAUGAGAACAUCAAUUAAGUAUAGUUACAGUUCUAAGAGAUAUAAGAAAAUUGGAAUUAAAUAUUUUAAGUCAAAGAUCUUAGGUCUUAACUAGAUUAAGAUAAUGAUUAUCUUAAAGCCAUUGAAAAAGCAAUUUAAGUUUUACAAGAUGAUCCUCUUGUAAAUUAUGAAGUACUCUUACAUGAAUAGUUAAAAGAGUUUUAUCUAUUACAGCCUGAGCAAGCGAGUCUCUCUGAUAAUUACUUCUUUUUAGAGAAAAAGCAAAACACCUAAUAGUUUGAUUAACUUGACUCAGAUAAAAAGCUCAUUCAAAAUAAAAAUGAGAUCACAAGAAAUGAUAAUCGUGGAAAUUUUACUUCAAAUCAAAAGCAUGAAAUAAGUUUUGGAGGAGAGAUAAAUAGAUUAGGGGAAAAAUAAAUGCAGCAGCAUCAAGAAUCUUAAGAAAGGAAAUAUGUGAGUAUUAGGGAUAGAGUUCAAACUCAGAAUCCGUUUAGAAUAAGAUCUGAGUCUUAGGAUGGAGAAAUCCUUCCAGAUAAGACUGAGAAAUAAACCUCUCAGGAUAGAUAGCUUAAAAUGACCAUUCCUAAAAGUAUUCUAAAAUCAUCAUAGGAGCUAAAGGAGAAUAUGAAUGUGCCUAAGCAUGUUAAUUUUGACUCAAAUGAUUCAGAGGCUGAUACAUUCAGAGAUCCAAACUUAUAGAGUUAAUAGUUUACAGAUAGAUCUAAUCUCUCUGAUAUAACUCAAUUUAAUGCUUAAACUUAGAAAAUCUUAAAGAAAUUUUUAAAAGGUGAUUGGGAAAUAGAUCAUACUGGUGAGGAUUACUUAGUAGAUAAGAUUUUGCUAGAAUUCCCAGUUUUUUCAUUGAAUGAAGAUUAUAUCAGAGCUUUAAUUAACAUAGUAUUUUCCAAGAUAGACUAAGCUUAAAAUAUGAUUAAUCAAAAGAAUGAUCAGAUUUAAAACUACAUAAAGGGAAAAUAGAUUUAUGAAAGUAGAAGGCUAAAGGAUGAAACGAAAAGGUAAAGAGAUGAUAGCUUGAAGAUACUAAAAGGUAAAACGAAUGAUAGAAGUUUAGAAAGAGAUACCUCAUAAACUAAAAAAUCAGUUGCAUUUAAAUAGACAGAUAAAGAGAAAAUAGAUAAUUGGAUAUAAAAAUAACACAAGAAAUAGUAAUUAUAGCAACAGACAUUGAUACUAUCUUCAGUAUUGUAACAAGUCAUAGAUUAGAAUCUUUAGGGUGUAUUCAAUCAGUUAUUGCUACACUAAUCUAAUUUAGUUUAGAAGUAACAAGAGAUAGAAUAAAGCGUUGCUCAUAAAAUAAGAGGAAAAAUAUUCUAUAGGUGGUUUGAUGCGUACUACAAUAAUAUCGAGAGUACUUAUCAGAUUUAUUAUAAAACUUUGAAAAGGAAAAUUUUUAGGUACUUAAUCCUUAAUAAGCGUUAAUACUUGCUUAAACAUUCUAAAGCAUUGAAACUUUAACAGGAAAAUUUAAAGUUUAAGGGAUUCCUUGGUUUUCUUCAAAAUCUUAACCUAAGGAGAAAGGAGAAGGAAAAAAGAAGGCAGGAAAUAUAGAAAGAGCUUGAGGCAAAUUAAAUUCAAAAGCCAAAUCUAAAUUUGAAUUUGAAUGCAGUAUUUGAGAAUGUAAAGCCACAAAAAUUGGUAGAAAUAUUGCCUAUAAUUGAUAGAGAUAUAGCAAAUGCUUAUCAAAAGGAAUUAAGCCCAAAGAAUAUGCAAGUUGGUAGUUACCCUAGUACAGUUUAAAGGGAUGAAAAUAGUAGUCCAAAUCACGAAUAAAUAAUUGGGUAAAACGAUAAAAACAUAUAGAUAAAUUAAUUCAAUCACAACUAGAGUCAAAGUACUCUCCCUAUAUGGUAUCAAACAGGCCAGUCUAAUAAUACUUUACUUAGAGGAACAAAUCAUAGCAUGUCAUUCUAAUAGCCCAAUAAUCAAAGCAACAACUAUUCUCCUGUGAGAGUAAGAUAAUACGAUGACUCUAAUACUUAAGCUUCAUUUAAUUGGAGGUUGACAAAUAACACCUAGACUAGAACAAUAAAUCCAUUUACUUAGAUUCUGAGUGAUGAGCCUGACAAAGAAAAUGAUAAUACAAAUCUUAAUCAGGAUUUACGCAACUACUAUCCUGAGAACUAGGAGCUUUAAAAAUAGUAAUAGUAACCACCUAGACAGCCAAAUGAGCUGAAUAACGUAUUUUCAUUCUAAAAUACGCUGAAUAUAUAGAAUUAAAAGGACUAUAAUACAAUCAAUCAAAUUAAAUUUUAAGAUUAAAGACUGAAAUAACCUAGAGCAAUAAGUCCUUACUUUGAUAGACAAGUUCAAUUUUUCCUUGGUAAAGGUUAACCUAUUUAGUCUCAUAAGACUUAGAACUUUCUAAAUCAUUCCAGCAAUAGGAGUCUGAUCCCCCAAUAGAGUACUCUUAAAUCAAAUCAAAGCUUCCAUUCAAAGAAUACAUCAAACCAAAAGUAGAAACAGACUCCAAAGCUGAAUUAAUUAAACUCUUAUAAUAAAUACAAUCAAGUUAGGUCCCCAUAAAACAGAUAAAACUCUAGUUCUAUCUAAAAAGGAGGUCAUUCAAUAACUAGUCCUGCUAGCUCCAAUCAAAGUCAGAUAUAGAGUUUUAAAUCAGCAGUGGUUCGAAUGACUUACAAGAAUAAUGAAAAGAGUGUUACAAGAAGUGACAGUGAAUAAAGAAAUCCUUCCUAUGCAAAGAAUACAGUUUCAUUCAUUAGCAAGCAUAUUGAUCAAUGA